AUGGCUGUAGAGGAGUACCUUACAAAAAUGGAGCAUUUGGAAGCCCAGGUGAAAGAACUCGGUUCAAAACACAAGCUUUUGGAAAGUCGGGUGAAGGAACUAGAAUCAAAAUUGAAGCAACAUGAAGGACGAGUGAAGGAGUUUCGAUCAAAGGAAGAGGAACUUGAAUCAAAAGAGAAGGAGUUUGAAGGGCGAGUGAGGGAGUUUGAAACAAAAGAGGCGGAAUUUAAAAAACGGGUGAGGGAGUUCGAAAUGAAGCAGUUGGAAAUGCUAAAAUCAAAAGAGGAACAGUUAGAAGGAGAAUUGAAAGAUCUUGAGUGGAUGCAGAAUGAAUUUGAUGAACAACUCAAGGAACUUGAGAUAAGAGAGAAUCAAUAUGAUGAGGAUCAAUCAAGUCAUACGAUUGAUGAUGGAUGGAAUUUGCAAUUGCUAUUUGCUCAUGUGUGA